CUGCGUGUAAUGGCGCCGACUGCCCGGCUGCGCUCGCUCUUCGCCUUGGCCGCGUGUCGAAGGUGACCGUAGAUCCAACAGGAGUUGCGGGCCGUCCUGGAGCAGAACAGGGAGGACGCGGGGUGUAGUGAUGCGGACGUUGGGAGCAUUUUGAAAUCGACAGGAAGAUCACAAUGUGGAUCUAUUUAUGGACAAGCAAGAAAUAGUAGGUCCACUCUUGUCAAAGUAUCAGCUAAAUCUUUCUAGAGAAAGCCGUUUUGCCAACAAGACGGAUUCACUUCAGUCUACCGAUUCUGCAACAAACAUGUUAAGUGAUAAAGAUCCUUUGCUGCCAUCAUCCAGUGCACCAUUUCAGUUGGAGCUUCAGGCAGAUGGUAGUGAGCAGUGCGAGAUGGAUCCAACUGAAGCCUUAAGUUUGGGUGCCACAGGAGAUGUCAUCACUUCAGUUGAAGAUGAUGAACGUGGAGGGUCUAAUCUUCGCGAGUCUUCACAGAAUAGCAGCAAUUCUGAGCCCAGUCCAGUUCAACCAAACAGGAAGUCCCCUCGUCUCCACACACCAGCCAUUGAGGAAAGUAAAGAGGACGAAAACAAAGAUAACCCUCCAAAAAUUAUUCACCCAACCAGUAAAGAAUUUAAAAAGACUUGGGGAUUCCGGCAGACAACUAUCGCAAAGCGAGAAAAUGCUGUUGAUGCGGAGAACUCUGACACUACCCCAAGUGAGAACUCUGAACAGUUAACACCUUCACUCCGAAGGAGCAGGCGACAGACUCAGCGGUCUGCUCGAGUUCAAGAAUUUAUUUCAGCAGCUCAGAAGCGUUAUCGCCGAAUGACAGACCUUGAAGGUGGUGAAUUAACAUCUAUUGCAACGUCUGAGGCAGGAGCAGGUUCUGAUGGAAGCGCAGAAACCGAAGAAAAGGGCAUUGGCUCACUGGAACUAGGUUCUAGUAAUGCUGAAGCAACUAAUGAAGAGGUCAACUCUGACGAAGAUAACAGCACCAACAGUGACAGUGAUGAACUUACUUUAAAGGAACUCCAGAACCAGUUGAGAAAGCGGCGUUGUCAGGAACAGUCUGAUUCGCUGCAGAAUACUCAGAAAGACCAGGAAAAAAGUACAGAAGCAACUAAAGUCAGAAAAGAAUCGAAGUCAUUUGGGACUGCCAAAGCUAAGAAGCAAAUAAUUAUUCCUGCAAAGAAAAGUGCUAAAAGUGGCACUGUUCCAAAGGAAAAAGAAUCUGUUUCUCAAUCUGGGGCUAAGUCAGAGAUUGAAGAUGAUGAAAGCUCAGUUACUCAGUCAGACAGUGGCUACAAUGAUCCUGAUAAACUGUAUUGCAUAUGUCGUCAGCCACACAGCAACAGGUUUAUGAUCUGUUGUGAUCGUUGUGAAGAAUGGUUCCACGGUGACUGUGUGGGAAUUACAAUGGCAAGAGGACGUUUACUAGAGCGCAAUGGAGAGGACUAUAUCUGCCCUGAUUGUAGUCCUCCAACCAAAGCUUUAGGUGCUAUAGAAACAAAGUCUGGUCAACAGGAAGUUAAAACAACCCUUGCUGGCCCUAAUGAGCCAAGUAUCGCAGCUGGAAAACGGGAUGGAAGCACAACCAGUGACCAGGGAAUAAAGGGCAGGAUUGAGAAAGCAGCUAAUCCAAGUGGCAAGAAGAAAAUUAAAAUAUUUAAGCCGGUAGUGGAGAUGGCAGCAGUACCAAAGUGUAUUGGGCCGGGGUGUACCAACCUCGCUUCUACUGACUCGGUGUACUGUAGCAAUGACUGCAUCCUCAAACAUGCUGCGGCCACUAUGAAAUCACUCAGCCAAGCCAAGGAUCAGAAACAAAAACCGAAGGAGAAGGGAAAAUCAAAAUCAGAAAAGCAAACUUUAUCCAAAUCUUCUGCAGAGGCGAGUUUGAAACCUUCAGCAGCUGGUCCUCAAAAAAGUGAAGAAUCAAAUGCAAUGGAAAUGACGACCAGGAAAUUGGUAGUGUUAGUCCAUAAGAGCCCCAUGCCACCAGUAAAGGAAACUGUAUCAAGCACUGUUGCAGGGACAUGGGCGAUUGAUCAUAAUUACAACGCUGUUAAACCAGAAAAGAAUGUGAUACCAACUUCAGUUUUAUACGAAUCGUUUCAACGAGAGGGUCCAGUUGACACCAAGAUAUCUGAUUCUGCACCUGUGGAACAACCGUCUAAUGCAAGUAUGCAAACUACGUCCUCAAAGCCAUCAGCUGCAGCAUUGAAGCAGCCAGUCAAUACUGCAGAACAUCGUGUUGUAGCUAAGCGACCUGUUCCUGCAUCUCAACAACUUACUGCUAAACAGACUUUGUUCAAACAGAAAAUUUUACCUAAGCCACAAGUUUCAGCUAAGUAUCCAAUUUCAUCUAAGCCACAGUCUUCACCUAAAGGCAUUGCUGGAUCUGAAUACCGAAUACCACUAAAGCACUCUACUCCCACAGCAAAACAGUCUGUCCUUCCAAGUGAGCAGUCUACAGCAAACAAAUCAGUGGAUAAACAGCCUCCGGUUACUGCUGUAAAAAAUGCCAGUCAAUUAUCUAAUUCCCAAAUCCGCCACAACAUUCGCCGGUCACUGAAGGAGAUCCUUUGUAAAAGGGUAAAUGAUUGUGACGAUCUUGACGUAACUGAGGACACAAUAGGAAGGAUAGCUGUGAAUGUUGAAAAAGAGCUUUUCACCCUGUUUCAAGAUACUCACAGCAAGUACAAGAGCAGAUACCGGAGUAUCAUGUUCAAUUUAAAGAACCCCAGGAACCAGGGGCUCUUUCGGCGUGUCGUACGAGAAGAGAUUGUUCCCUUCUAUUUGGUACGUAUGAGUCCUGAAGAAAUAGAAUCGAAGGAACUCGCAGUUUGGGGAGAACAAGAGAGCAGAUCUGCACAGGAACAAAGUGAGAGAAUGCAUCGUGAAACCAAAGGAACAGCCUCCCGGGCAGCGAACACACAUGAAGUAGAUAUGGAGGAGGCACCACCCAUGUCUGAUGCUGAUGAGCAGGAAGAUGCACAUCCUGCUCAGAAGACCAACGUUCCACUGCCUGACGUCUUCAGCAAUAUGCUUAAAGAUACGACAAAUGAACAUCGAGCCCACCUGUUUGAUUUGAACUGCAGGAUCUGUACAGGUAAAGUUCAAGUUUCAGAUGAUGACCCAGUGCCUAAGAAGCCAAAAGUGGUAGCCAGAAAACCAGAACCGAAACCAAAACCGAGAUCCAAUGUGAGGUAUCAGCAAGAACAAGACCAAGGAACCAUGAUUGCUUCUCCAAGUGAGCAGCUCAUUUCAGCCCAAGAAAUGACCCCACUUUCCAAUGUAUCAGAAACCUCACCGACUACCAAUGUAGUUACUACGCAGCCAGCAUCGACAUCCAUCAGCGGUUCCUUCACUUCACCACUUAUUGACUCAACUAGAGCUGCUGAGAACAACACACCAUCCAUUGUUAAAGCAUCCAGCCUUAAUGUUCCUAGUGUCCCAAAGACUCUAUUGUCUUCAUCUUCAAUUUCUGAGUCAGUGAAAGCUUCUGCUGUUAAAAAAGAGGAUGAGGAUCUACCAAAAUCCAUUUUGUUACCUGCAGUUCCAAAAUCUAUACUCUCAAAGCCAUCAGCAAAAACUGAGCAAAGUUACUCAAUAUCAACAGGAAGGGGUUCAGAGUCAAAGACUCAAGUGGAAUUGGAUACUUCAUUGUUUCUGUCUCACCUGGAUACAAUUUGGAAAGGAUUCAUCAAUAUGCAUGGUGUGGCAAAGUUUGUUACUAAAGCCUACCCAGUCUCUGGAUCUAUUGACUAUCUUGUAGAGGAUUUACCUGAUACAAUUCACAUCGGCGGCCGGAUUUCACCCCAUACAGUUUGGGAUUAUGUAGGAAAACUGAAGUCAUCACUCUCCAAGGAAGUCUGCCUGAUUCGUUUUCACCCAGCCACUGAAGAAGAGGAGGUCACCUACAUCUCGUUGUAUUCCUACUUCAACAGUCGGGGCCGCUUUGGCGUGGUGGCGAAUAACGCCAGGCACAUCAAGGACCUCUAUCUAAUACCGCUUGCUGCUGCUGACCCGAUUCCCUCCAAAUUAUUACCUUUUGAGGGCCCAGGUUUGGAGAAGAACCGCCCCAAUCUCAUCCUGGGUCUCGUCAUUCGGCAGAAAGGCAAGCGGCGGCAGCAGGAGCCUGAGCCGGUCAACGUGCCCGAGCCUGAGAAGGGAGAGUCUGGCGUCUCGGAGGAGAAGAGGGUGCGGCUGGCCGCCGCCGAGGAGAUGGAGGUGCAUCAUUACACUCCUGUGUCCAGGGAGAGCAAGCCAGCCAAAGCCCAAGUAGAGCCGGUCACCUCUACCCCUCCCUCGGCCUCUCCACCUGCCGAGAUUCCCGGGGAUUCAGUCCCACCACCGCCCAAGGGCACCAUGAGCACUACUGCCCCGGCUCAGCCAGCGGCUGGUCCCAGCGCACCAGCCGCGCCUGGCGGUACCACAGUGGCUAACCCUCUCCAACACAUCCUGCAGACACUGUUCGGCGGUAAGAAGGCUUUUGACAAAGCCAAGGACUCUCCCGACUCCUCUGGCUCCACGCCGGAGGCAGAAGCGGGCUCCUCUGCCCCUCUCAUGGACCCCAUCGUCCAGCAGUUUGGGCAGCUGAGAGAGGAAAAGAUCGAUCCCGAGGUCGAGGACGAUGACAACCGUCCGUACGACCCAGAGGAAGAGUAUAAGCCAGAGGCGGAGAAGGUAUACGACUUGGAGGACGCUUAUGACCCGGCUGAUGAAACCAUCCUGGAGGAAGCGAUGGUACCGGUCGUCAUGGACACAAAAAGCAGCGGACCGUCCGACCUCUACCUGCCCUCGCUCUCAGUCACCUCGUCCCUCCAGGAACAGCAAAAGAUGUUGGACACACUCAACAAGCAAAUCGAAGAGCAAACGCGUCAAGUCGAAGCGCAGGAGGAGGCUCUGAGGCAGCAGCGAGCGGCGGUCGGCGUCUCUAUGGCUUGCUUCUCCGUCUCGGAUGCCUUGAUGUCUCCGCCACCCAAAUCGGCCUCCUACAAGCCCGAUAUGUUCGAGGUGACGGACGGGGCCGCAGGGCAGGCGGCUGGCCCCGAACCUGCUGCUUCCUCUGGCCUGUCGCAAGUAAUUGACCAGCGCCGGGACCCGCGCCAGGCAGCCGUGAGGAGGGUGACCCCGAACCAGUCGCAGCCGGCCGCCCGAAACCAGGCUCCCGAAGAAGGUGCCUCCAUCCCGCACGGCCCGGCCUCGUACAGCAGUCCUGGAGUCCAGGAAGCGACACCCACCGACACAACUACUUUGGUCCCAGAAGCUGCUGCUACUUCAACCUCCCAUGCCGAAGGAGGGGUCCCGGCCCCCGCCGAAGUGCUGCAACCCCCCGUCUGCCAGGAAGCGAUGCCGCCACUCGGAUGCCCUCCUCAACCUCCGCUGCUCAUGGACCAAGCCCAGGGUGUUCAACCCAUACACAAAACUCUCCUCCCGACCCCCGCACACCCGCCCCUCGUGGUAUCCUAUGCCGGCGACCACAGCUUCCCCUCGCCUCCUUGCGGCUCCCCCAAUUUUGGAAACCCGCAGAACUUCCCCACUAACAACAUGCAACAGGCGAUGGGACCUUUCCCGAACUUCCAGCAGCCUAACAGCGGUCAACCGUUCGACCCCGACUUCAACCGGGAGCCGCUAACCCCGUUCCAGCAGCCGAAGCCCACGAACUUCUUCCCCAGAGCCCCCGCCCCCAGGUACCGCUUCCAAAGUCAAUCCCGCCCGGGGUACGGGAACCAUCUGUCCCAUCCCAUGGGGAACCAUUCCCAAUCCCCCCAAGAAAUGCCCGCUCAAAACACGGAAGCCGAAGGCCAGAGGUUAGGGGGGAUGCAACCCGAAACGCGAGACCGAGAGCGAUCCAGGGUUCACCCGGGAAGACAGCGGGACAGGCAAGAAGGUGGCCCGCAUGACCGGUACGGGUCAGACCGAUCUGAUAACCGCUACCCGGCCGAUCGGUUUCGCAGGGGAGCGGACGAUAGGCGGAGAGACCGAGAUCGAGAUUAUGGGCGGCCGUGGGACCGCGAUCGCGACAGAGAGCGGUCCUGGAAUCGCGACAGAGAGUGGGACAGGAACCGCGAUCGUGAUCGAAGCAAGAACCGGGACCAAGACAGAGAUCGGGAUCGCUACCGUAGGAGGGAACGGGACAAAGGCAGAGAGAGAGAUAGAAGCAGAGAAAGAGAACGAGUUAAAGACAGAGACUACGACCGGGGCAGGGAGAACAAAGGCAAGGAGAGGGAGCGAGAGGGCAAAGCCGAGGCCGAAGAGGGUAAGAGAGCGGCGAGUGAGGCCGGUGCUCCCAACAGCAAGCCCGAGUCAUGACGAGAGCCAGACUGUUUCAGCGACCUCCCUUCUUCACAUGCAGGGGGAAGAGACUGAUAGCGACUAACAUUGAAUUUGUAAUCCACCGUCACCCGUCGGUGAAGGGACUUGGACUAAACGGGUUAUUGGAGCAACUCUUAUUGUGGAGGCCACCGGAGCCCCGACUACGUACAAGUCUCAGCGCCUAAAGAGACUUCAAGCUCUGCUCCCGGACCACCCAACUCUUGGCACCUUUAUUACUUUUACACUUUUAAAAGUCAAACCAUGGUUGUACAUUUUAAACGGUCCCAGACUGAUUUCAGUCUUUUUUUGAGAACCGUUAGGAUAUUCCCAGUGAGUGGGCGCGGUGCGCAGAAACUGCAACCGAAAUAUUCUGGAGAUUCUCUCCGUUCCAACCUAGCUCUGGGGUUAAAUGCGUUUCCUUGGUUUUGGGUUCAUGAAUUAUGACCCAGGGAAGGAAACGCUGUUAGUACCUCUCCAGGGAGGGUAUCUGAUCGAGUGGUGCCACUCCUUGGGCCUGAGGGGGAGGGAGGGAGGGAAGGAGGGUGGUUCCACUGGGGAAACCCGGCACCGUCUCUGUUUCUGUGAACCUCUAGUAAAUUUUCGGCUCUCCGCUCCCAACGCCAGAUUUCAAGGAUUUUUUUAUAUGACGUGGAGGAGAGGUGAAGGGUGAGGAGCGAACAAGAUGCAAAAUCGAAAUGAAAUUUCACGCUGUUUGAUAUUGGUAUUAAUUGUAUUGGUUACUGGUGUGACUCCCGACCGGCGUCUGCGUUGCUGAAUGUGGGUUGGGGGGUGGUGGGGGGAGGGGGUAAGAAAGGCUCUCACUCCGCACCUCCCCACACUGGACAACAUUCUGGAGUUAUUUCUGAUCAUUAAAUCUUCAGGAAUUGUGUUUGUGUGUAUGUAUAUAAAAAUAUCUGCAUCCAUAAGGGACUCUCAGGUAAAAACCGGAAGUUGCUGAAACCUUCGGCACGAUUGCUGGAGUUUGUAAACGCCUGUGAAAAGCUCCUCCUGUCAGACAUCCUUGCCUAUGGAUUCAGGGUCUUUUCCCAUCCUGAACAUUUUUAUUUAAAUAAAGUUCUUGGAAUCUUAACAUUUCAGUCAUUGCGAAUGGAGAGCCUUUCAAGGUAGAUAUGCAAAAAGGAUUAUUUUGUUCCACUACCUUUUACCACUUGUGGAUAUUUUUUUAUCACCACCCAGUUACUCCAGUUCUGAGCAAUUCAGGGGCCCGGCUCACGGUCACACUACCUGAAGUUUUUUACGUGUUAGUGAAACCAAUAGACUUUAUCACUGGAUGUAAAGACGAACCUAACUGGUUUUGAUUUGAUUCGGGGGAGGGGGUUAAAAAAGUGAAAUGUACAGUGUAAUUAAA